AAAGAGGUCUGGUAAAGCAUAUUUAAAAAACAUAGUGGCCCAUGGUAAGCUAUGGGUGGGGGUGAUUGCGUAAUUCUCAUGCAAUUUUACUUUGGUGAACUGUGAUAAGAUCUUGUAUGCAGGGAAACUAUUUUAGAAAGCAGAACAAAGUUAAAAGAAGUUUUCAAAAUCCAGCCCACAGGCUUCAAUGUGGUCUCAGUAAAGUUCCUGUCUCAGCAUUAGCACACUGCUGUAUCCAGUAAAGCAUGCUUGCAAACCUCUCCCUGCAUUCACACGCAUCUCCAGCGGCAGAGACAGACGCACAGGUUUAUAUAAGGAAAACUACGUCAAGGACGGGAGCUGCAUUUACUCACAAAAACAAAAACCGCGCGCUCCCAAUUCUAAACCCACGAGGCUUUUCUGCUGGGCUGCUCAGACAGGCUGGGGAUUCGAGUGUGGCGAGAGCGGGGCUGGGAGGAUGUCAGUGGUGCUGAAAGAUAAGACCUCAUUCUUUCAGAAAGGUUAUCAGCCAGGGCUCAGGGGGUGGGCUGCAGCCCUGCCGAUAAGACCAGCUGCUGCUACAAUUCCUGCCUGUUGAUUUUUAAAGCGCUUCUUCUGUGUUGCACACCCGCUGUGGUGUUUGUGGAGGCAGUGAUGAAGUCCGACAGGAGGCUGGUACAACGAAGCAGUCUGUUAAAUCCAAUCCACUUUGCAAAGUGCUGACCCUCCUGUUUGCAGCUCCGAACCCCGCUCGCCAUAACGCAGGGGGGCCAAGGCAAACAACGCAGCUCUGUCAACAGCACUGAGGGUGUGGGAUCCCUUCCAGAACAGCCAUAGUGUGGCAGCAGCUGGAAAUAAGAGGCAAGAAAAAAAAAGCGUUUUAAAAGCAUCGGCUAGCUUUACAAGGAGGAAGCUACCUUCGGAUGAGACUUAAAACAAACAAGGUCCUAUUGGAAGAGACUCUGCAGCAGCAGCAGCAGUUGUUGAUGAAGCAGAGUUCACCCCCCCCAGUCUCUGUGUUCAUGAUUGAUCACUCCGUGGAUGACUGGCGCAUCGCCCUGACUGCCCGCCGCGUCCUCUCCAUCACCCUCGAGCUGGGGGUGUGCGCCCUGCACCCUCUCCCAUUGGUCUCGCAUCCGGUGAGCGGGGAGGAGGACGGGAGGCUGGGCGGAGGGGGCUGGAACUCCACGCUCCCCUCCCCUCUCGCCUGCUCCCUGGCGGCCUGGGAGCUGCUGCCCUGCUUCUUCAUGUUCUUGCGGCUGUACCUGGUGCACCGCGCCCUGCUGCUACACAGCAAGACCCUCCUGAGCGCCUCCUACAGGAGCAUCGGCUCCCUCAACAACAUCAACUUCCACUUCCACUUCGUGCUCAAGGUGCUGAUGAACACCCACCCCGGCCGCACUCUGCUCGCCUUCAUCGUCUGCUUCUGGCUCACCGCCUCCUGGCUCCUCACUCUCUGCGAGAGGCAGAGCGAAAACGCCGUGGCCAGGAUAGAGGACACGAUGUGGCUCAUCGCCAUCACCUUCCUGACGAUCGGGUACGGAGACAUCACCCCCAAGAGCAGCUGUGGGAAGACAGUGUGCCUGCUCACCGGAGUCAUGGGAGUGAGCUGCACCGCUAUGCUGGUUGCUGUCGUCGCAAAGAAUCUGUCGCUCAACAAGGCUGAGAAACACGUGCACCAGUUCAUGAUAGACAUCAAGCACACCAAGAAGAUCCGCACGGCGGCUGCCAACGUGCUGAGAGAGUGCUGGCUGCUUCACAGGAGCUGCAGAGACAGGAGAGACAGCAGAGAGAACAGGAGGAACCAGAGAAGACUGCUGGAGGCCAUCAGAGUAUUUCGAAAGGCGAGGCUCAAGCAGAGAAAGCUGAGAGAUCACGCCAAUGAAACGGUGGAUUUGUCCAAGCUGCAGGUGAUGAUGUAUGAUUUCAAUGGGAACUGGAGCAGCUCAUACAAGGAGCUGGAGCGGAGGAUCGGCUCCAUGGAGCAGAAGAUGGAUGAGCUGAGCAGAGCCUUCCAGGAAACAUCGCAGCUCAUCUCCAGAGCCGUGCAGCACAGAGCCGGGGACAACAGCAUUCUGUAGAGCCCAGGCAGAGGGUGUUCGCCUCCAGUCACCCGUCUGUCCAACAAGACACUUGUUGAGCGGGAAUAGCUGGAAGAGAGGAGCUGUUGUUCUAUCCUCCAAACACCAGGGGGAAGACUACAACUUCAGAACAGCCACAGGACUCCAAUAAGGAAACUCAGGAAAACCACGCCCCUCUCUCUGAUGCGACUGGAGGAGGAAUCCGUCACGCUGCUAAGUUUCUUGCUUGUCUCUGCCAAAGAGAGCAAAUCAGAAAGAUUUUAAAAAUCUUUUUUGUUGUUGUUGUUGUUUUAAGUUCAGCCUCUGACAACUAGGGGUUGCUGGUCGGCCCCGACCCCUGUGAAAGGUCACAGCUGGAUUAUUAUUGGUUUAUUUUGGAUCAUUUUACAGCUUGGCUGGGGAUUCCCUUUGGAUCGCACCUGCCACAGGCCUCGUGAUUAUCCCAGGGUUCAGUAAUUGCUUUGAAACGAGAUCGUGUUUAUUUGGGGCAAAGUGAACUUUUAGAGUUCAAUCCAUUAAAAGUGGUUUUACAUUUAACCAAACUGGAACCAGACCACUGAGUUACUGGACAAUUCAAACUGGAACCAGUCUAUAGAGCUGCAGGAGACGAGGGGCUCAGCGCUACACUCGUGUCCAUACGAUAAUGAAGGAUCUGACGCUUGCUUGAUGCACAACAACAUCAAAUGAUCACUUAACGAUGGCAUUAAUUGGUUAAAAAGGCACCAAUUAAACGGGGCAGGGAGACACUUCAUUCACACCAGCACACUCUUAUUCCUCACAGAAACUGGUGACCCACAGAACCACGAGCGACGCUGGCGAGAUUCCAGGCUUGUGUGACACUGCCAGCGAUGCACACCUCUGUGAUGACGCAUGGCAUGAAGAAAGGAUCCCGAGUGUCAGACACACAGCGCACGCUCGCUGCCCGGGAGGUGCCAGGCACAGUGCUUGAAUGUAGAUCACACGCACACACACACACACACACACACAC